UCGAUGAAAUCCGGUUGAAUUUUGACAAGUCAGUGGUGUGGCUGAUUGCACCCAGUCCGCUUUUUUUUUAAUUUCCUGUUUGCUGAUACUUGUUCUCUCUCCAAUCGUCCCAUUGUCUCAAAUCCUUAGAUUGGACGAUCCCUGGUCUCCGCACACUAUUUCCGGUCUCCCGCUGCAGACCCACUUGUACAUUUUUUAAAAAAGUGUCUUCGUUUCCCCAAUUUCCUGCAUUUAAGUUUCUUUCGCUCUCAUUCACCUCCCCCACCCUCCCUCCGUCUCUGCCUUUCCCCGAUCUACCCACACUCAGCGCCGCAAUGAGUGACCGUGAUUCGCCGGAGCCUCCCUCCCCGUCCCGGCCGGGACUGAGUGACUUGAUCGCGGACAAAAGUUUCCCGACCUCUCGGAAGGGGCUGCUGUUGGCUGCUGAGGUGGUACUGUCCUUCAUCAUCUUUGUGUGCUACCUGGCAUCGUCUGUGGUCUCCCUCAUGACGGCCCCGCUGAUCGAGUUCCUGCUGGCUAUCUGCGUCUACUACGUGUAUGUGACAAAGUUCAUUGAGCGGUUCAGUGGCUUCCACUGUCCCCUGAUGGAUUUCAUCCGCUGUAUCACUGCUGCCAUCAUUUACUUUGCCAUCUCCAUUUACGCCGUUACUAAAAGCAACUCAGCUUCGAAAGCAGCCGGGAUCUUCGGCUUCAUCGCAACUGUCGUCUUCGCCUUUGACUUCUAUGGCAUCUUCAACCAACUGAUUGUCUUCCUGAACCCCCAGGAGCUCCCCACUCACACCGCCACCAUCAGGAAGGCCACAGGAGACGACGUUGUCCCCUCAGACUCUGACAGCGAGUGAAGCAAGGAGCUCCCCUCCUCUUUCCCUGUUCAUCGCUCACUUCUGCCAGACCAGUGUAAUGUUUACAACGUACGACACUGGUGUGCCAACUCUCUCACCUCCCUCCCAACUGUGACUUCGGACGGUGAGUGGUGGAGGUUUACCCACGUGAUCCCUGGGGACGUGGGUCAUCCUCACACGACCUGCUGCAGGGUCAUGACCUGAAGCGUCGAUGACUCUCUCUCCCCCUCGGAUGAUGCUCGACCUGCAGAGCUGCGUCAGCAGAUUGUGUGUUGCUCCAGAUUCCAGCAUGUGUCCUCGUUCCAAAUCUUUCUCCACUUCUGGUCAGUCUAGCUUUGCAAGCGUGUGGGCCAGCAGGAAGAUCACCCCUGUGACCUCCAAAGAAGCACUCCAUGUUAAACCAGAAACCUCAGGUCAAACGUGUCUUGACUCACCUUAGUAUGGAAUUGCCGUGACUCCCUGCUGACCUAACGUUUCUGUGGGUCGAUGAAGCCACAGACAAAUUGUACAAUUAAAAGUAUGUGUUAACUGUGGAUUAACAAGUGUGUGUCUUCACAUUAUUGAGCAAAUAUUAGACAGGAACUAGUUAGGGUGAAGGGAGACAUUAGGUGGAAUGUGGUAACAGAAAGGUAAAGCCAGUUAAACGGAGUAAGUGUCUCUCGCGAGUAGGCGACUGGAGAUGUAAUGCUCAUCAUCAUCAUUAUGUGCCGUGUCAUAUGACAUUAUGUGGCAUGUUGUAUGACAUCAUCAUUAUGUGUCAUGUCAUGUAUGACAUUAUGUGUCGUGUCAUGUAUGACAUUAUGUGGCGUGUUGCAUAGUGUGGGUGAUCAUGGUCCCAUGACCAUGAUUGUUCCUGGCAAAUUUGUCUACAGACGUGGUUUGCAUGUUUCCUUCUUCUGGGCGGUGUCUUUACAAGACGGGUGGCCCCAGGCACUAUCAAUACUCUUUAGGGAUUGGCUGCCUGGUGUCAGUGGUCACAUAAUCAGGGCUUGUGAUGGCCAUUGACCACCUGCACCCAUGGCUUCACGUGACCCUGAUCGGGGGGACUAAGCAGGUGCUACACCUUGCCCAAGGGUGACCUACAGGCUAGCGGAGGGAAGAAGUGUCUUACACCUCCAUUGGGAGAGACGUAUCUCCACCCCACACGACCCUAGCACUCCCUUUCCUGAAACAGUAUCAGCCCUGAACUCUGAUCUAUCAUGAACGGAUAACUGGGGGCAGAUCUUCCCUUGAACCCUGAUCUCAGGUUCCCUGCUGAAAUAGAAAGAGGUCCUUCAGCCCAACCCGUCCAUACUGACGAGCUGGGUUGUCCCAUUUUCCCGCAUUAGGCCCCUACCCCUCAAAACCUUUCCUAGCUAUGUACCGGCCUAAAUGUCUAUUAAACAUUAUAGUUGUAUUCAGCUCUAACACUUCCUCUGGCAGCUUGUUCCAUAUGCCCACCACCCUCUGUGUGAAAACAUUGCCCUUUGUCCCCUUCAAAUCUUUUCGCUCUCACUAUAAACUUGCACUUGUUGUUUUAGACUCCCUUACCCUGGGGAAAAGACUAUUACUGCCCACCUUAACUAAGUCUCCUAUAAUCUUAGACCUUUCUAUAAGGGCACCCUAAAUCUCCUAUGAUCUCCCAUACUCCCUGGGCCCCUGGUGUGAACCGGACGGUUUCAGAGUGUUUCAGCUCCCAGAAUAGGGGUUACUGUCAGCUGCUCUCAUGUAAUGGCUAUAACAGGCAGUGGGACCCUCCAGAGAACCCUUCUGGGGCGUUGAUAAUGAGUCUUUGACGAUGCAGAAACAAAGGGCAUUUCUUAAUAUACCUUUACGUUUAAAAUCACACCCACAAGGUGAAAAUCAAAUCUUUUUGAACAAACUUCACCAAAUAACCCAUUCUGACAUGACUGUUCAUGGGCUGCUGUGAUGAGGCCUAACUUGGGGGCAACGCCUCAUUCUGUCCGGAAAGCCUCCAACUUGAUGACAUAGAUAUCAAUUUCUCCAACAUCCACCCCUCCCCUCCUGCUCUCAUUUUCCAUUCCCCAUACUGGUUCCCCUCUUACACCUUCUCUUCUCCUCACCUGCCCAUCACCUCCUGGUUCCUCCCACAGUCCACUCUCCUCUCCCAUCAGAUUCCUUCUUCAUCCCUUUACCA